GAAAAUUACCUAAGUGAUAGCGAGGUUGCCACGAACUGUAUAAAAAGUGGGAAAUCAAAGCCCAGAAACUCCACCUCGCCGUCCUGAAGCACAAGCACAACCCCUGAAGAGAAACCCACCCCAGCAGCUCUGAGCGAUCUCAAAGGCUUGAACUCCAACCAAGCUGCAUGAGCUCAGAGCUGCUGCGGCACUGAGCAGCCCCGGGAGCUGCCCCGGAGCAGGGAAAGGCUUUGGGAACUUUGGGAAUUCCCACAGCCAUGGAGUGGGGGCAGCUCCUCUGCAUCUUCUGCCUGCUGGAGCUGGCUGGCUGCGCUGCUGGGAGCACCACGGCCACCGCCAGCCCCACAGGAGGGGCCAGCAGCAGAGGGACAGCGGGGGACAGCAGUGCCACCGCUGCCAGCACAGCCACGGGGGACACCAGCAGCACCAAGCCAACCUCUGCUGCAGCCACAGCCAGCUCCGGGGCCACCACAGCAUCAUCAGAGCUCCUUGGGCAGCUGAACAGCAGCCCCCAGCCCAGCCUGGCCCCCACAUCACUGCCAGGCCCCUCCCUGGGGCCCCAGGGCAGCCCGGGGGUCCCCCACGAGUCAGAGCCCCCCGAGCCAGCCCGGGGACAGGGCACCGACCUCGGGCACCCCCAGCCCCGCGGCCGCCUCGGAGCAUCCUGGUGUCCCCGCUGCCAGCACAGCCCUGCCCACGGCCAGGGCCAGCGCCCAGCCUGCCAUCGGCUGCCACAGCGCCGGGACGAGGGUGACACCGGGGCCGUCUGCCUGCAGCUCAACGAGUCCAGCACCUGCGAACGCUUUCUGGAGAGGAAGGGGUUGGAUUUAUGGCAAGCGCUGUGUGAAAAUAGAACCCACAGCGUGGAGUCCCCCUGCGAGAUCAAACUCACUCCAUCCAGCCUGGACAGGGACUGCUUGCUCCUCAUCCUCAAAGGAGAGAAAGAUCCUGACAAACUUCUGAACACACUCCCGAAGUCCCACUGGGAAAAGUUUGGAAUAGAGUCGCUGCAGAAGGAGAGCCCGAGGGGCCGGCGGGACGCUCCGCAGAGGACGCUGAUCGCCCUGGUGACCUCGGGGCUGCUGCUGGCGCUGCUGGGGCUGGCCGGGUGUCUCCUGAUGCGGCGGCGCAGCUGGAGCCCCGCGGGACAGAGGCUGGCUGAAGACCCCUAUGACGCGGAGAACGGCAGCCAGGGGAACACCAUGCUGAUGUCGCCCUCCCAGGAGCCGGCGGAGCUGCAGGAGAAGCCGAACCUGCCCAAGGUGAACGGGGGCACCCAGGAGAAGGGGACGGGCCCCGCGUCCUCCCAGAACGGGCACUCGGGGCGGCAGCACCGCCCCGCCGACACCGAGAUGUGACCGCGCCCGGAGCCCCGGGGCUCACCGGAGGUCUCUGCACACCCCGGGCACCGCAGACCUUCUGCAUCCUCGUUAUCGCCUCUGUGAAGGACUCCAAAAUCAGCCCAAAGCACACGGAGAGCCAGAGCUGCAAAGAGCAGCUCCUUCUCCUCCUCCUCCUCCCGCUGACCACACAGGACAGUUUUUUGCAGCUGUUCUCUGCUUUUGUUGUCAGAAGAACAUCAGGACAAAUGCCAGCGGCCUUUGCCCUCCCCCUUUCAGGCAGAGGCAGAGUUUGGCUCCGGACAGCCCAGAUUUCUGGUAGCAAUAUGUUAAGGCUGACCAAAGUAGUUAAAUUGGGAUCGCAGUGACAAAAGCCUCUCAGGUUUCAGAUAGUUUUGGUUAACAGAGUUGUUUAUAAUCUCAUCUUUAUGUUUAAGUGCAGGAUUUCUUCCUCUUCUGAGACCAUCAGGCAUUUAACCCCUUCCUGUCUUUAGGGCUCCUCUACUAUUUCCUACUCCGGCAGAAUUUGCCGAAGCUGCGUGUAAAACUUCCCACGUGGAAUUGAAGGCUGAAAUGUCAGCUUCUUUCUCUUUGAAUCCUACCAGGACUGUGUCCCGAAGGUUUUUUUAGCGGGGAAAACCUUCCCCAGCCUCGUCCUGCCCGGGGCUGGGGGCUGUGACAGGCAGAGCCAGCAAUUCAUCCCUUGAGUGAGAUGGAGAACACCGGGUAGGGCUGGGGGGCUCUGUGGGUGCCUGGGGCUGGGCACUCACCUGGGGCAGGAAUUGGGGCACGAGAGGUGCCAAAGGGCUCCCAGAGGGAUGAGGGGGAGGCAAAACCCAGCUCUGCAAAGGGCAGAGUUCGUGUCUGCACCAGAGCGGGGACAGGGACACAGAGCAGGGACAGGGACACAGAGCAGGGACAGGGACACAGAGCAGGGACAU